GACUACUUCCGUUUCAACAUGGCGCCUCCCAUACCGCACUUAGCAGUUCGAGGGUCAGAUGGGACAGUUCUGCUCCGCGGACCACCGAACUGUGAGGAAAGUCCGACUUUCCACCGAGAUGAACGACAGAGCAGAUAUGUGACCUUCAGCAGGGAUGGCACUUUGUUUGGCUGGUGCAAUGGGGAGAAGGUCAGCGUGAUUACAGUUGCGAACGGAGAUUUGGUGAAGUCUUUUGAUCUACCAAAAACCACAAUGCUGGAAUUUUCUCCUCUUAAUAAAAUCCUGGUUACAUGGAAGCAGUACACCAAAUCACAAGAUAAUCCUCAGGGUGAGGCUAACCUCCAGCUGUGGGAUCUGCAAACAGGCAACUGUACCAAAGCAUUUUACCAGAAAAAAUUAGAGGGAUGGUGUCCAGGUUGGGCAGAUGAUGAAAGCGUCGCAGUGAGAUGUGUGAACAACGAACUUCAUUUCUUUGAGAAUAAUAACUUCGAAACCAUUGCCAACAAACUUCAUCUUCAGAAGGUAUCAGACUUUGCUCUGUCACCAGGAAACCAGCCAAGCAAGGUCGCUGUCUAUGUUCCUGGAAGCAAGGGCGCCCCUUCUUUUGUCCGACUUUAUCAGUACCCUAAUUUCAGUGGUCCUACCUCAGCUCUAGCCAACAAAAGCUUUUUCAAGGCUGAUAAAGUGACUAUGCUGUGGAACAAAAGAGCCAGUGCGGUUCUAGUGACAGCUAGCACAGAAGUGGAUAAAACUGGCGCAUCGUACUAUGGGGAGCAGACUUUACACUAUCUCGCAACAAACGGAGACAGUGCAGUGGUCCAGCUCCCAAAGAACGGCCCUAUUUAUGAUGUGAUAUGGAGCCCCAACUCUUCGGAAUUCUGUGUCGUUUACGGCUUCAUGCCUGCCAAAGCCACAGUGUUUAACCUUAAGUGCGAGCCCAUUUUUGACUUUGGAACAGGUCCACGCAACGCUGCUUUUUACAGCCCGCAGGGCCACAUCCUGGUCCUGGCAGGCUUUGGAAACUUGAGGGGUCAGAUGGAGGUGUGGGAUGUGAAGAAGUACAAGCAGGUGUCCAAACCCCAGGCCGCAGACACCACGUUCUUCUCCUGGUGUCCUGAUGGAGAGCACAUUGUUACGGCAACCUGUUCACCCAGGCUCAGAGUCAGUAAUGGCUAUAAGAUCUGGCACUACACCGGCACAGUUCUGUACAAGCAGGACACACCAGCAGGGAAAGAACUCUGGGAGGUGGUCUGGCAACCGUUCUUACCUGGAACAUUCCCAGAGAAGGCGGUGAAGUACCAGGCAGUUGCAAGCGAGCUCGGCAGCACUGAAGCCAAGCCUGCGCAGGCCUACCGGCCUCCUGCCCUGCGCAACAAACCAGAGAGCAGUAGCACCAAACUGCAUGAAGAGGAACCACCACAGAACAUGAAGUCUGGUGCUGGAGACAAGCAGAUGUCCAAGGCAGCUCUGAAAAACCAGAGAAGACGGGAAGCAAAGAAAGCAGCUAAACAGGAAAAUAAAUCUGAUGACGUUCCCACUCCACCUUCAGAGCCUCCACCCACCAGACAGACUCCUGUAGAGUCUACACACGGAGAUCCUGAAACUGACAAAAAGAUUAAGAACUUAAAAAAGAAAUUGAAGGCUAUUGAGGAGUUAAAGGAACAACAAGCAGCAGGCAAACAAAUGCAGAAAAAUCAGCUGGAGAAGAUUCAGAAGGAGGCACAGCUGCUGAAGGAGCUCGAGAGCCUAGAGUUAGGGCUGUAACUAAUUUUCUAGACCAUUCACAGCACUACUGUUCAAUAGCUUAAUGCAUAUAAGGAGCUGAACCAGAGCACAUGCUGGACUCGAUCCCAGAUAAACAUAAACAUUCAUGAACAAAUAAAUGUGUUACAGUUUAUUCUUCCUCUUUUAAUCAGUGAAACGUUACCUGGUCCCCUGAAGGCAUUAUUGCUAUGCAAUAUUCUGUAAAGAUUAUGAGGGAAGCUUUUUCAGUGCACACACAACAGUCUGAAUGAUCAUGUUACCAUGUUACCAUGAACCUUGGGUUGUUUUUUUUUUUUUUGGUUUGUUUAAAAAGUUUUUUGUCCAGGCUUCCAAAUAUAUGUUGUGAAAUUUCCAUCAGCAAGAAAAAUAAAGAACAGUCAAGUACACCAUGAAUAUUUAUUUUAUAGUUUCAUUUAGAUCUAAUUCCAUCUAGAUCAGAGGGGUUAAUCUGUGGAAUUGAUAACUAGUCCACUACUUCUCUGAAUUAUUCCUACUGGUCAACUAGUUAAAAUUAAUACAUACAACCCUUUAUAUAGGCUAUAUACAAUUUAAAGCAAUUUUUUCUGUAGUUUAAGUGUGCGGUUUAAGAACUGUAGAUUGCUUGUUAUGUGUUUCAUAUGAAUAACAGUGCAAUUAAAAUUUCAUAAAUUAAAAUACCCCCCUCAGGUUUUUUUUUUUUUUUUUUUU